AAAAUAGUCAGAUUGUCGUGUACAGUAUACUAAAGCUGCAGCCAUACUAAACGCCUUUUGCAUUGGCCCUCUCCAAAUUUGAUUCCCUCUUUGACACCAGAAAAAAGUAAGGUAGUUAACUGACAUAGACAAAUAUGACGACAAAUUGUUCAAGUGACAGGAAGGUCGGACUCGCCAUCAUCGGGAUGGGUCGUGCCGGGCAAAUCCACCUGAAGAACGUCAUCCAGAACUGGCGAAUCCGACUGUUGUGGAUGGUGGACUCCGACAGGGCGAUUGCUGAGAGGUUGGCUGGGGAAUACAAUCUGGAGGGGGUCUCUAUAGCUACUUGUGACGAGGUGGAGAAUGUUUAUAAUGAUCCGAGGGUCCAAGCUGUGAUCGUGUCAUCACCGACGUUUACCCAUGAAGCGUAUAUAAGAGGAGCAUUGGCGGCAGGGAAAGCCGUCUUCUCAGAGAAACCAAUAUCACAAGAUACCAGUGGCGUGAUACAGUGCUACGAUGACGCAAAGAAAUUCGGGAAGCCACUCUUCUGCUCUUUCAAUAGGCGAUUCGAUGAGGCAUUUAACAGCAUCAAGCAGCAAGUCAGAAAAGGUGUUUUAGGCGAUAUGUACAUGGUGAAAACCUGCAGCAGAGACAACCCGGUACCAAGUAUGGAGUACCUCAAAAUAUCAGGUGGAAUCUUCCACGACUGUGCCGUCCAUGACAUCGACUUAAUUUGCUGGCUGCUUGGCGAAUACCCCACCGAGGUCUACGUAGCAGCCCAUGCCCAUAUGAAGGACGUGGCUGCCAUGAAUGAUGUUGAUACUGUGGCGAUAUCAUUGACGUUUCCAAGCAAAGUUAUAGCGAUUAUAGACCUGUGUCGUAUGGGCGUGUACGGCUAUCAUCAGACUCUAGAGGCAUUUGGAUCGAAAGGUAUGCUCACGGCAGAGAAUCAGCGACCGACGAACCUCCAGCACUCUACAGUUGAAGGGAUGAGUAUGGUACCAAUAGAGUAUUCAUUCCCUCAGAGACACGCCAAAGGUUACGUCAAGGCAAUCGAUAGUUUCUUAGAUGUUCUGGAAGGCAAAGAGGACGUGGGCGGUAUGGUCGCCACCAAGGAGAGCACGGUGAACGUGAGCCGAAUAGCAGAAGCGUGUGAGGAGAGCGUCAAGACAGGACAGGCCGUGAAGAUCAAAUAUUAGACUAAAAACAUUGGUUCCUUGCCGAGUGUUCUUACAUUCAGGCAGGAACCGUCUCAAUUAAGGGACGAAUGCACAAGGACUGUCUGAUUGUGACUCUCCAUAAUCUCGGGGCUGCAUGGGUUGUGACAAGGUGUCUCCACUGCUUAAGCACUCAGCUAAAUGAAGAAAUAUGAGUCCCAGUAAGAUCUAGCUCCCUGAAACAAAUGUUCGUAUGUGAUUUAUCUAUCAGCCACUGAAGCUGUAACGGUGGUUUGAUUCUAUGUACCAAAAUGUAUUUCAGAUAUAGAAAUGUGAGAUGUUUACUAGACCAAUGAUUUCUGAGUACAUGUAUUUUAAUGAAAUCAAUUAGAAAUGUUCGAGCAUGCGUAGAAAAGGUUCGGAUGAGAUACAUUAAAAAAGUUAUCUGACCUUAUACCUUUGCUCAUUGUGUGGAUUCAUUAUAACACACAAAGGCUAUACAACGAUGUGAAAGGUACUCUGGAUAAUCAAACAUCUCUGCACUAAUUAAGCGAAGAGAUUGAUACUGAUAGAGAGAUUUAUAUUGAUCUUGGUCUGCUCUUAGGCGCUGGACAUGAAGGUCGACGUAGUCACGGAUCUGAAUAUACACUCAGUAUCCUUCUCGGGAUAUCUGAUUAAAAAACAAUGGGCUAGUGGCCUCCUAACGCCUUGAUUAAUACCACAGGGGUCGCACACUCGAAAGUCAUCAGAUUACCAAUGUAAUUGUCUUUCUGAGAAGUAGGCUUUCUCAAAUUAACUGUCGAAACACAUAACAUUACCAAAAAGGAAAGCUUUGAUUCGUUAUAACCUACUGCUGAAGGCUCAUGGUGCUUCCAUCUACGAAUAGCCCUGGAUAUAAGCAACACCAGACUCUCACCCUUUGUGGCAAAAAGGC